GCUGUGUCUACAUCUGAAUCACUGAUUCUCCAAAUCAGCAUCGACUCUUCAGAUUCAGAUUUGGCCGAAUCGAAUCAGGGACAGUGAUCCAAAUCAACUAAUUGAAUCACUGUCCCUGAUUUGGGGCAAAUCCAAAUUGAAUAGAGUCUGCUUCACACACCCCUAUCAAAUCCCAUCGCAACAUAUUGCUGGUGCAAAGGGAGCCCGGGAUCAUAAUGCCCAGGAUCUCAGGCUCUCCCUGCAUGAGCAAGUAACGAGCUUCACUCCUUGCAAACCUGCAACUGGAAGCCCUGCAUCAGCUGACAGAGGCUCCCAGCCAGGGGAUUGCACAUUUUUUGUGGCUUAUUCCACAUUUUAUCAGGCCACUGAUUGAACGAUCAUGUGUCUGGAUUACUAAAAACUUGAUUAACCACUUAAUCACAUCUUAAAUGUAAUAUCUGUCAGGGGCCUGAGUAAAAAAUGUAAGAACUUUAUUGAAAAUAUUCUGCUUGAAUGCGAGUGUUAGAAUCAGAAGGAAAAAGUCAGUUUAGUAAAUGCCUUUUCGUUUAUUUCAGAGAAAGCAAGGUUAGCUUUUUUGAAAGGAAUGUCAGAUUAAUAUCUUUUGUGUAAAAACUGGUGAAAAGCAUUCCAGAUAAAAUGUUAAUAUACAUAGACAUGUUUAUGUAACAAGUAUUAAGAUGCGUAUUAAGUGAAAUAUGUUUGAAGAGGAAAGAUGUGUAUUAAGUGAAAUGUGUUUUCCCUUGGUAGUCAAUGGAGAUGUAUGAGACCUGUGUUCCCUGUUUUUACCUACAGCAUUCCCACAAUAUAAGUCUAUAUAAUGAUUUCAAAAAAAGUCCUGAGAGGAUAGAAAGCUCUGAUCAGAGACAAAUAACAGUUAAGCCACGCUACAGAGAAAACGAUAAUGUAAAGACAGAAAGGAAGAGGCAUGUCCCAGCUCUGUCAGAAGAGUAUAAAAGCCCCAGAAACAUUUUAAGGGCCCCAAAACAUAUCUUGUCACUUACUGCUAGACAAGAUCCAGUCCUUCUUACAACAACCACACAUACAAAGAUAUCAGGGGUUGUGAAUUGGACAGACAGAAGCAUAGUGCUCAAGGAAAAAAAUGCCUUGACCAAUGAAGUUCAUGUGAUGCCCGUUUCUUCAACAGACUUCCCCCACUGCAUUCAUAUGACAUUUAGGGACACCCGGAAGAGUUUUGGCUACUGAAAAAACAAAUGCAAUCUUUAUUCGAGUGCCAGGCACAUGGGAGAUUGACCUAGUCUUACUUGGCACCAAGUCACUGAUAAGCAAAGCUCCAGGUUAGGUUGUACCCCGUCCCAGAUUAUUCAGGGGAAUGCCCCUGUUGCAGAUGACCUAUGAAAUAUUUUACUCUGUCCUGACUUCAACAGUAUUUGUUCCAUUUAUUGUUUGCUUUAGGACUGAAAUAUUGUAUAUUUUAUUACAAUUUAUGUUAAUAAUUCUGGGAGCAGAUAGAAAAAUAGACAUUUGCCUGAAAAAAUAAUUAUUUGAAUAAGGAGCCUCACAGUUAUGACUCUGUAGCUAAAUAACCAGGACAAGGAGGGAAGGUUGCCCUAAACCAGCCCCAGCCCUGUUUAUAGAAAUCCCUCUCUGUCUAUAACCAGAAGCAAAAUCCUGUCUGUAACUGGAAGCAAAACCAGCCUGCCUGAGUCAUCUCCCAUGACUAGCUUUAAGUACAGGGUGGAAGGGUGCUGGGGGAAGGAGGCCCAGGGGAGGAAGUAGUGGGACAGAGGCAAGCAGUGGACUCCUACACUUGUGGCCUGCGUCCCCUGGGUGAGGCACACUUGCUGCAGGGGGGUGAGCAAGGCAGGCUGGCCCUCCAACCCCGCAGUUCAGCAGGGCUCUGGGAUUUGUCUGGAGACCUCCUGGGGUUGCACUCAGAGGUUUUCAAGGCAGGCAGUUGACAGGGGUAGGCUGGAGGGCAGCCUUAUGGUUGCUUACAGCUAGCAGGGCUGAUAAAGCUUUCAUCCAGGAGAGGGGUAAGGGCUGCGAAUCCUGAUCUCGCACAGAGCCUGUCUAGACUGAGGCAGCAGUGGCGGAUCCCAGCAUCCAGAGAGGGGAAUAGGAGCAGCCCCAACAGCCCUCGCUCCAGAGCUGUCAACAGCUCAGGACAGCUGCUUCACCUCUGCACCUUCACGAGGACUUUGUCUCCAGCGGGCCUGAGAGCGGGCGCUGGGGAAGAGCUCAGACAGGCCUCAGUGGCACAUCCUUGGUCUGGAGCAGGCCUGCAGACUCAGACUGCUGAAGCUGAUAUAUUUCCUGUACACAUACUCUUUCUGGUAGUCAUUUCAAGAUAAAACCCAGCCUGAAAGCCUGCCAGACCAAACAUUGCCUUCAGAGUUAAGAGAACCUUAUAAAGCUAAAAUGUUCAAGCUUUCGAAGCUGAAAGGACAGCGAAAUCCAAGAAUCAUGGAAAUCAGACUUUUACUACAUGUGCUGGUAUUACUGGAUCUCUCCACCUGCUGCUACUCGUAUCAGUCAGAUACUCUGCCUAGUAUUAGAGAUUCACAGUUUAUUGAGGAGUGUGUGAGAGUUCAUAACAAUUUCUGAGCCAGCGUGAAUCCUCCAGCAAGCAACAUGUUUCACAUGAACUGGGACCCAGAUCUGGCAAAAACUGCCAAGGCAUGGGCAAAGAAAUGCCUGUUUAAACACAAUAUCUAUCUCAAGAUAAAAGGACAGGCCCAUCCCAAAUUUAAUCCAGUUGGAGAAAACAUAUGGACUGGCUCCCUUUCAUUAUUUUCUGCGACUGCGGCCAUCACCAGUUGGCAAAGUGAGGUCAAGUACUAUAGUUACACCGCUAACACUUGCAGCAACGUGUGUGGCCAUUACACUCAGGUUGUUUGGGAUAACAGCUACAAAGUUGGCUGUGCUGUUCACUUUUGCCCUAAAGUAGAAGGUUUUGGAGCACCUGACGCAGCACAUUUUAUUUGCAACUAUGGGCCAGCGGGGAAUUAUGGAAGAAAACCAUAUCAAACAGGAAGAGCUUGCAGUAACUGUCCUGGUGACUCAUGCUCAAACAACCUAUGUGAAAAUCCAGAGCGUGAGAAAAUCAUAGGCAACUCUGGGUGGUAUCCAGAAUGGGACAAGCCAGCAUGCGACCAGUACUGUAUCACCAUUCUAGUUUUAAGGCCAUCUCUACUAUUACUGGCUUGUGUAGCUGUCUGGCUUCUCAUGAAGCAAUAUCCCCAACUAUCUAUGAAUGAAUAAUACCCUCUUUUGAAAAACUGGAAGCACGUGUUGUGCUAUUCUACCAUAUUUCCCCAUGUAGAAUUCCUAUCAUUGUCAAGGUAAAGUCCUAACAAAGAUCAGUAGAAGAAGGCCUACUAUAGAUAGGUAAAUAUCAUCUGAAUCAAAAGGUAUCUAUGUGGAUAGAGGUGAAGGAUGACAAUUUACACAGUUACAGGAUAGUCAAAGGUUGUCCAUUCACUCAUCUCUUACAUUUUAUUUACAACUGAGAACCUACAUUUGUUCAACCUAGCUGAUUUAUUAACACAGGACUAAGUUUUGCUCUUCCGAGUGAUGCAUCUAAAAAUCUCUGUUGGACUGCUCACUUCAAAACAGCACUUCUGGCCAGUUAGCUCUUACAUUUUACUGUCUUGUUGUUUUUAUUCUUUUAAUAGGGUGGUCUGAGAGUGAUGAGUCUCAAGUUUCCUACCAGGCACCCCUCAGCAAGGGCUACCUAUUGCCUAUUGUCAGCCUGAUUUUGUUAAGGGGUAGACAGGUGGUUUCUACUGCAGAUUGAACAUAUUUAAAUACUUGUACAUUUCCUGAAAUAUGCAUUUGUUGCCAAAGCUAAUUUCAAAGAGUCAGCACUGUAGAGCAAAGAGUUUAGGUUUUCCUCCCUUUUGAUUGUGAGCUCUUUGGGACAGGGAGUUGUUUUCACAUAUAUGUAGGUAACAACUUGUACCUUGGAGCACUACAAGAAAACAAGCUUGAGCAUUAGACUUUAAAAACAUGAUUUUAGAACAUGUGUCAUAAUUCAGGGUUGAUUUACCACAUACAAAAUUUACCUGAUCUUACAGUCACUUAGGCCUGCAAGUAUUUGUGCUUACCUAAGCAGUUACAUUAUCUUAAGAGACUAGUCACGCCAUUAAGAAUUUGCAGGACAGAGCCUUAAAACACCAGGUAAGAAGCCAGCUCAAACUAAGAUGACCCUUAAAACUCAGGGCACCCUACCCCGUUUGACUUGAAGUAGGUUGUUCUGUAUUGUUUUCAGACAUUUCCAUGUUGUAAACAGGCAAAAUGUUAAAUAAAUUUCUUCUAUGCAUGUGUUUAUGGCCAAGAAUGAAGUGAUGCGUACCUUUUUGACAGCAUAUGGGAGGAGUUGUCUGCGGUGUCUUCAAUAAACUGAAA